AUGUCUUUUCUCGAUUAUGGAUUGGCAAUGGACCUCGGCCCAGCAAACCCUACAAAGCAAACGUCCCAAGAAUACGGCGAUCACUGGAUCUCGGAAUGGGCCCACAAUAUACAGGUUAUGCCCUUUUCUCAAGCCAUGUCACGCGACAGCCGCACUAGAAGGAACCAAACAGUAAGCUUGUUUGCCGGACUACUGGAAUUUGCAGCUCGACGGAGCAUCGUAUUGGAGAGCAGACGUGAAGGACUCGUCAAAGUUGAUGAUACCUCCUAUUCGACCGCUCGGUUGAUGAGAUUUGGCGGGCAGCAUACAGAUCCAUCCGAUGUCUUUUCUAUCGCCGAUAACGAACAAGAGGACCGCCAUUUCCCGGCAGGUGACAGCAAAGUCAUGUCAGUGAAGCCUACAGCCCCAACGACAGAGACCCCAGGAGGACCGCUAUCCGCAAACUCGGAAGAAGCUAGAGUCAUUUCAAUUGACAAAGACUCAGAUAUGGAAUCCCUCACUACCAGGGGGCCAAAGAAGUAUUCCCUUCGUCACAGUCAACCUCCAGCCACUCUGAGGAAUCCCGGGUCAGAGGAUGAUCAUUGGGGGGAGACAAAAGUCAACAUUUGCCAGGAAGUCAGCUUAGCAUCGGAUACAACAGUUUUUGAUAACUUCGGGGAUACCCAGACCAACGACAAUUUCGGUCCUACACAGGCCAAAGACAGUCCACUUAUCUCUACCAAAAAAAACCUAUCGAUAAAUCAACAAACUUCUGAUACCGUCAAGGGAAUUUCCUCCAAGCCCAACAAGCAUAAAUCAGACCAACCGAAGAGCACUCGUGAUGCGCGCCGGAAGAGAGUUCGAGCGGAAGCAUUUGAAAAUACUGUGAUCUUCCUCGGUUCUGAUUCCGAAGAUGAAAUAGAGGUCGUACCUACUCUUCUAGUCAAUUCCCAGCCCAAAUCCUCUACAGGUUCGAUCGAUACAACUGAUGACGAAGUCGAAUGCCGACGGAAACCGAACAAACGUCCUCGGCUUACAAAGGAAGACAUGGCCAGCCUUCCGGUGACUGCCCCACCUAACUCCCCUGAUGAUUCGGGCAAGGCUUCUGAUGACGAACCCAAGGGCCGACGGAAGUCAAAUACACGUAGAGUUACAACGCGUGAGUCCAAAGGCCACUUUGACGCCGAAGUUAUGUGGUGGGAUACUGCCAGGCUUGGGCUGAUUCCGAUUUUUUCGAUAAUAUCGAGUCGAUUAUUAUCUCGACGAUAUUAUAUCGAUCCGAAGAAGCGCUUUUAA